GCAAACCUGCUGAUUAGAAGGGCCUUUUUGGAUUUUAUUUUCAACCAGCAACUAAUUUAUAUCAGGAAUAACACUGAUAAAACAAAUCACACUUUUGCAGUGUUAGUUUCAUCAGCUGUUGUACAAGAUGAUACAAAACACAGGAAAAACAGAAUUGUGACUGCAAUGGGCCUCUAACGACUAUGUGGUUAUUCCUAUUCUGUACAUUUGAAUGUCAAAUAAGGUAAUUCAUUGGGUAACAAUUUUAUGUAAAAUGCUGUUUAAUAUUCUACCAGCAACGUCUAUUUAAAACAAUAGCUCAGGCUGUCAUAGUGGGGAGACAAACUUCCUCACAGUGCUAUUAUUGCUCGAGCGGCUUCCUCUUCAGCGAACACUCACACUUCCUCCACUACAGCAACACUUUGCUUGACUGCUUUGACGCUCUCGGACAGAUUGUAGGCUGUUUGUUCAUACAAACCCUGCCAUUGAAGAUAGUAUGUUUGGUGUCUGAGACAGUGAAUUGGUCAAAAUGCAGAGCAUCAAGUGUGUGGUGGUAGGAGACGGUGCAGUGGGGAAGACCUGCCUCCUCAUCUCCUACACCACCAACGCCUUCCCCAAGGAGUACAUCCCCACUGUGUUUGACAACUACAGCGCCCAAGUGACUGUGGACAGCAGGACUAUUAGCCUCAACCUGUGGGACACAGCAGGCCAGGAGGAGUACGACCGUCUGCGCACCCUCUCCUACCCCCAGACCAACGUGUUUGUCAUCUGCUUCUCCAUCGCCAGCCCCCCCUCCUUUGAGAACGUCAAGCACAAGUGGCACCCAGAGGUCACCCACCACUGUCCCAAUACGCCCAUUCUGCUGGUGGGCACCAAGAAGGACCUGCGUAAUGACCCAGAGGUGUUGAAGAAGCUUAAGGAUCAGAACCAGACGACCAUCACCCAACAGCAAGGCAGCGCCCUGGCCAGGCAGAUCCAUGCCAUCAAGUACCUCGAAUGCUCUGCCCUCAACCAAGAUGGAAUCAAAGAGGUGUUCGCUGAGGGUGUGCGAGCCUUUCUCAACCCACAACCUGUCGCCACCAGGAAACCUUGUGUGCUACUGUAAAGGCGGUAGAGAUGCUACCACAGAUGCAAAUCAAAUAGAACAAUAUUAAUUAAUUUAAUGUGUGUAAACCAUUGGAGUUGAUUUCAUUGUGAAAUAUGUUUUUGUUGUACUGCCAAUAACAAACACUGCCAUAUCAAGACUCUCUUGAGAAAAGGGGAUCUUUGAGGCAUUGGCCCAAGAUGCAUGCUUCAAAACUGACCCAAUGUUAGGUAGGCGAGAAGGGCUCCAACGUUGUCUGCGAGAAUCCUUGCUUUUGCUCUCUUCCUUUAAAGCAAUUAUCAAACAAGACCUGAGACUUGAUGGGAGAUACAUUCUCUCAUUUAUCUGUAUUCGUAUUAUUGUCAAAUUUGGACUUGUAUGGCCUUUACAAAAAUAAUUAAAUAAUGCACGUGUAAAAAUAUAAUAUCAGGAAUUUAAUUUACUGCAGUGGGUGGAAUCAGGAUCACAGUGUUUCUUGGUAGUCUUAAACAAAUCUACAUUGAAACAAAAGUACACACCUCACACACAUGGUUAUGGACUUAACAAAAUAAGACACCUGUACCAUGUCAGAUAUUGAGUUGAAAUGUAUUCAAUUUUGAGUUUGCAUCCCAAUAUUACAUUUUAUAUCAUCACAGAAGACUGAAAUAUAACAAAACUGUUUGACAUAGAAACACUGGAUUUUCUGCUCCUUUCUUGAAAUAAUGGUGACUUUUUUUGAAAUAAAGUUGAUUAAUUAUGAAAUUAUGAAAAAUAUUAAUAUCAUUCCACCCAUGAGGCGCUAUGUCAUUUGACUGCAGGAAAGGGCUACAUACCAAUUACCCCAUUAUUAUUUGUACAAUGUACAGCAUAGUGGGUUUAAAACAUAAUUUUUUAUAAAGCUAACAUAGAAGGAGGUUUUUCUACAUCGUCGGUUUUUUGUGUGCUGUGCGUGAUUAUCAAGCCACCAAGUUAGUGCUAGUCUACUCUGUCUGAAUGUAUUGAAUGCUGGACACAAAAGAGGAAAUGCGGAGAGGUUUUUGAUAAGAAAUGCACAGGCUCAUUUUCCUAUCGCGGUCAUUAGUCAGUGUGUGUUUGAGAGAGAGAGGGAGAGAGAGAGAUCAAAAAAGGGAAGCUGGUUGUAACUUCCCUCUGAAAGUCCAUAGUUUGCUAUCUGUUUUAGUUAAGUUGGUGUUCUGGGUGUUUUAAUGUUGUGUAACUAUGUUGGGAAGGCCGUGACCCCACUCUCCGAGGGUGUCUCAGGGAGAGUUGGGAUAUGCAAAAAACACAUUUCCAAUUCACACAUGCUUAUUAAUACAACAUUUGAAAUGUGUGAAAUAGGACAAAUAUAAGCACCCACCAAAUUAUUAUUAUUACAUUUACUGUACUGUUAUAAAUGAGAGAUGGAAAUUGUGUGCAAACUGUAGUGUAGAUUAAUGUGACAUAUCUUUAUUCUUAUCAAAAGAAACAGCAAAUAAAUGUGUCUCAAAUUGAAAGAAACAAACCCAUUGAUCAAUGCAUUCAAUUAAAUUGAUACUUCAAGAAUCCCAAAACCUUUCCAAUGGAGGCAUGGGAUGUGACAAACAAUCAGCAUGCUGAACAACGAUGAAGUCCCUGAUUUGCCUGAGAAUGAUUUGGAAGUGAAACGAUCCAGCUUGCUGUAUCAGAGUUGUGAAAGAUACAUUUUCAUAUGCUGCCCAAACAUCACUGUCCUCUCCCACACCUCAGGCCACUGGACUCAUUUGACAGUGAAAUUAGGCCUCUGCUCUGCCUGCUGGAUAACAGACACAGCUUUGUGUGAGAACAGUGGAGGGACACACAGAUAGAUCUCCAUACUGUUUUAGUACAGUAUAUGUUGUUACUGUAAACAAUACCCCAAUCUAGUAGUAUCUGGAUCUACAGUGAGGGAAAAAAGUAUUUGAUCCCCUGCUGAUUUUGUACGUUUGCCCACUGACAAAGACAU